AUCAGUUGAAGGUGGCGCGUUGCGCUCAACGGUUCUCAGUUCUCAGUUCUUUGCGUUCUCGAUCAGCCUCGUUCUCCGCAACGAACAGCUGGUUGCGUCUGUUUUGGUUUGCCGUGUGCGAUCCGAUCAGCAUAUAAAGUCCGCGAUAUCGGUCAAGUUCAGGCGGCUGACUCCCUCCUCGGCUGCCAAAGCAUAAUUCACUUCUAUUCUCGUGAACUAUUCGAUCCAAUUGAAUUUCAACACUAUAUAGAACUGCAGCCAUAUACUAUACAGAUCCCCAGACAGUGCGAUCGCUUUUGUUUGAAGAGAAUUUGUCACAGUGCCAAAAGGUCGUCCACCACAAAUCGGUGAUCCCUUCACCGCUCGAAGGUGAUUUUUCUGCAAUAUUGAAUUGCGAUUCAGGAGGGCGACAACAGUAAAGUAAACAAUCUGCGCCGCAAUAUAUGAGGGAUCACGAGAUAAUUGAUUGUCUCCGGGGGAAGAUGAACAGCUCUGCGAUGGAAGUGGCCGUGACCCAUCACAAGGAGCAGGCCAACGGGGGCAGCCUGCUGGGACGCCGCUAUGCUGAGCUUCUGCACGGGGAGAAGUACACGGACUGCGUGUUCCACGUCUGCGAGGAGCAGUUGAAGUGCCACAAACUGAUCCUGAGUGCCGCCAGUCCCGUCUUUGAGGCCAUGUUCUUCGGACCGAUGCAGGAGAGCGAGCCGCAGAUCGAGAUACACGACAUCAGUGCGGCCAUCUUCAAGGUACUGCUCGAGUGCAUCUACACGGGCAGCGUGGACUACAACGGCCUGGAGCUGGUGGCUUGCAUUGAGCUCUACUACGCGGCGGAGAAGUAUCUGCUAGACGAGCUGAUAGCCGACUCGCUGGUGGCCAUCACCAGGAAGCUGCGCUUCUCCAACAUUCUGCCGGCCCUGGAGCUGAGUGUGUGCAUGGGCCUGGACAGUCUGCUGGAGGUCUGCAUGACCUUCUUCAUGCGCUGCUGCGUGAACAAUGCCCAGUACAUGACCCAUCUGAAGGAGCACUAUGUCCACGUGUCCAAGGAGUGCGUCAAAACGAUCAUUGCCGCCUGCAAGGAGCCGCACAAGCUGCUCAUUUGGUACGUCUACGAGUGGACCCAGCAGGAGUGCGAGCAACUGGGCCUGGGUCCCAGCGAUGCGGACUUGGUGGUCCAUGGUCUGGGGCCGGAGGCCAACUCGUGGCCAGUGAAUGUGAAUGCUUCCGAUGAGGCGCAAUCUCCGGCUCCGGCUCCCAUAGUCUCAGUGGAGCGCUGCUACUACAAGGCCUGCCGACCGUUCACCGUCGAUGCAGAGUCUCCCUUGUGGCGUCUCCGCCUCAGGAGCCCCCGCUUCAUCUCGCUCAUGGGAGUGGUCAUCAACAGUCGCCUGCCCCCCAACCUGACCGGCAACUUUGGCCACGUUCAGGUUCAGCUGCCUCUGGAGUAUCGCGAGUCCCUGCGCCUGGACCUGUGCGAGCUGCCGGCCGACGGCGUGGACGCCCCCAGCAAUCCCGUGUGGAGUCACAUCAUUCAGAAUCAGAGCACGAAAUACAAUUGCGACUUGCACCUCAGCUGGCGGCGCGAGGAGGCGUGUGUACUUACCCCGGAGCUGUCCUACGAGCUGCAGAUACGAUGGGACGGCAGUGCGUACGGUGCAGAGUAUCCUUGCAGCGUGCAGUCCUGUCUCGCCGAUGGCAUUCGCUUCAUCGACAGCGACAGCUUCAGCGGCAGCCUGGUCAAGGGCUUGCGCUACGCCAAUCUGGUGUAGGUGCAGGGUGCAGGGCUCCUGCGUCACUCUCGUUUCUAGUUAGGCCUAAUCUUAAUCAUUGUGUAUUUAUUGCCGUAAGUUAAUGUACGCUGCGUCGGAGUUCAUUAAACUUUCGAAAACGCU